CGAGACGCGGUGAAAUGCCACGCAAAUCUUGUUCUUUCUCUCUCCUCAUUUCAUCCCGUCGCUUUUCCCACCUUCCGUAAAUCAACGGUCCAGAUUCGACGAUGAUCUCACCUUGAAUUUUCUGGUGGCCUUACUCCCUGACAACACCCACCGCCUACACAUAUACAUAUGCGUACCCGUAUCCUUUGAUCAGUUUUUUUACUUGAAAAUUUUCGUAAUUGUUAUGGCUUCUGAUGAUGAUGAUGAUGAAGUCCUCGCUCAAUUCCUGGAAUCUGAAGUCCUGGCUGAACUCUCCGAUGAGGAAGAACUGAAGACAGUGGAGGAGACAGUUGAGUUGGAGGACGAUAAAGCAGAUGAGGAAGAGAGAGAUGGAAAAAGAUUGCAUGUUGAAGAGGAUUUGCUAAGUGAAGAGGAAGAGAAGAAACAGCAAGAAACAAAGAGAAUCAGAGUUGAGGAAGGUGAAAUCAGUGAAGAGGGAUUAUCGAGGGCAUUGAUAUCUUCUUCUUCUUCUUCUUCAUCAUCCUUGGAAUUGGGAGCUGAAGCUGUCUUGUUGCCUCCAAAAAAUGGGAUAAUUAAAGUCAACAAUACAAAUAAUGGCUGGGAGAAUAGGGAAAGCAGACGGGUAUCUAGGAGGAUUGAAAGUGGGGUUUGUAGUAAAGUCCCUCCUGAAUUGUUCCAUCACAUCCUCAAAUUUCUCUCAUCAGAGGAUCUUAGUGCUUGCUCAUUGGUGUGUAAAUUCCUUAGCUAUGCUGCUUCAGACGAGUCCUUGUGGCGUCGCCUAUAUUGUAUGCGGUGGGGUCUGCUGCCUCCAAAAAAGCCACGGGAAUGUGCUUGGAAGAAGCUGUACAUUCAGCGUGAUGAAGAAGAUAUGGCAGAGUUUGUUAGGGGCUGCCCUUCUGAAUUUAAAGAAUAUUACAUCCAAAUGCAGGUGGCAAAGAGAAGCCAAGCACCUCUUCCUUCUCAGGUGAAUGAUGACCGUAUAAUUCUCGAUAAGACACUUGCCGAUCAAGUCUCUAUGUGGAAGAGUAGCCGAGGCCUGGCUGACACAGUGGUAGCUGAUCAUGCUUGUUCUGGGGAAAGUUGCACUUACUAUCAAAUUGGUGACGUAUUUGUUUGUGAAAAGACUGGGCAUGUCCAUGUUUGCGAUGACACGUGCAGAGAAGUAAUUCCUGAUCCCAUGAACGAGCUCUUGGUUUGCGUCAUUUCUGGACGCUGUUUUGACAGAUUGCUGUCACCAGCUGAAAUGGAACCUGAUGCUGAACAGCAGCAAGGUGGUGCUACCGAUGAAGCAGAGCCAUUUAUGGGAUCUGGCCGUUUUGCUCGAGCAUACCAACUUGGAUAUAGUUGCAAGGACGAGCAAGAGCUAGAAGCUUGUUUGAGGUUUUGCUGAUCUAGUUUUGCAUGUGUAGCUGCUACUGUAUGCCUAAAAAAUCGUUCGAUGAUUGGCAAAAUGGCACGAAAAAUGUUUCUCAACUUGUAUGUUGUGAUUUCGUUUAAAGAGUGAUCGUCACAAUUCCAUGGGUCAAUUAAAAGUAGAUCAAUUUAUUGAGGGCAUCAAGGGGAAAAAUAAUUAUUUCUGUACGUACCAUUAGUCCCUCAAGUUUUGAAAGGAUUUUGAUGUUUCUGUUGCAUGCUGAAAUAAUUGUCCACUAGGCUUCUACGUUAGCCACAAAAGAGCCCUAUUGAAUGUU